AUUGUAACCAUGGAGGUGAAGCUAGGAAUUAUGCAUUGUUGGCAGCCGUCAUCCCCAGAGUACCAAGAAACCCUCAAAUAUAUGUGCGUUUGCAAGUAUCACAAGGCGUUGGAUGAUCUUCAAUGUCUUGUUGUUCAGCAUCUGUUUGAGUUGCAGAGACUUAAUGUCUCACAAACAGCAUACAAAAUGUGCACACAUAUCGCCAAGUCUCUUCAAGCACGCUGCCGUGCCAUUUAA